AUGGCUGAUGCAAUUAACAAAGCUGUCGAUGCUGCUAAAGAUAAAGCCCACGAAGUCACUUCUGGAGCCAGUCAUGAAGCUAACAAAGCAGCUGCCAAAGAUUCAGACCGAUCACUUGGAGAUCGCGUUAGUCACGGUAUUGAUGCUGUAAAAGACAAAGUUGAUGAAAAGAAACAUGAACUGUCCAAAGAAGCUAAUAAGGAAAGCGCUGAGCAAGAAGCUAAAGGCAUUGUUGAAACCGUCAAAGAGAAAGCUGCUGAAGCAUAUAACUACGUAGCUGGUGGCGAAGACGGAAAAGGUCUUGUUGAAACAGUCAAAGAAAAAGCUAGUGAAGCUUACAAUUAUGUUGCCGAAAAAGUCAGCGAAGCAACACAUGCUGUCAGUAGUGACGCGAAUAAGGAAGUCGCCAAAGACUCGAAUCAAUCGAUUGGCACACGUGCUGGUGCCGCGGUUGAUGCUGUUAAAGAUAAAGUUCAAGAAAAGACAAGUGAAGUGAAAGCUGAAGCUCAUAAACAAAAUUUAUAA